AUCCAUAACUCGCCUACAUCUACAACGAGUAUCAACCUGGUACCCGUGAAUAGCUUACAGUAUUCACUCUGGCUACACAACGUUGCCCCGCUCGACAAGCCGUUGGACACAAGCUUCCUUGCAGAGCAUAUUGAUACCCGCUUCCGCUUGAUGGCGCCAUAUGGGUGUUGCAAUUUGCAAGCAUCGUGCGCCUAGUACUAGAGUGUAGUGGAAGCGGAAUUGGACUCGCAUGCACUCUCUGCAACUUGAGUCUUUUCCGCGCUUCGGCCCGACCGCGAUGUCGCUGGAGGACGCCCUGAGUCAUGUCGGUACGGGGCCUUUCCAAUGGAUGGUGCUCGUUGUGUGCGGGCUGGCAAACGCCGCGGACGCGGUGGAAAUCCUGUCGGUGGGCCUGCUGGGCACCGCCGCGGAGACGGAGCUGAACCUCACGCCGCACCGCACCGGCGCGCUCAACGCCUGCAUUUUCGUAGGGAUGUUUCUGGGCGGGCUGCUGUGGGGCCUGAUUGGCGACGUUGUGGGUCGCAAGCGCUCACUGGUGGCGGCGCUGGCCAUCAACGCCAUCUUUGGCGGCCUGUCGGCAGCCGCCACAAGCCUGGGACAGCUCAUGGUCCUGCGGCUGCUUGCGGGCCUGGGUGUGGGCGGCUCCAUGCCCGUGGUGUUCGCGCUCAUGUCCGAGUUCUGCCCGCCUAACACCCGCGGCAAGUUCAUGGCCAUGCUGGCCUCGUUCUGGAUGGUGGGGUCGCUCUACUCGGCCGCCAUGGGCUGGCUGAUCAUCCCGCGACUGGGCUGGAGGGCGUUCGUGCUGGUGGCCUCGUUGCCUGCCGCCACCGCCGCGGCGCUGCUGGCGGCGCUGGUGCCGGAGAGCCCGCGCUACCUCUCCGUCAUGGGCCGCGGCCGCGAGGCGGGGCAGGUGCUGAUGCGGGCGGCGCGCCUCAACGGCACCCAGCUGCCGGAGGACUUCAUCAUCCCCUCCUUCCACCACAGAGACCAGGACAUCCUGACGCACAAGGCGGCCCUUACCACAGACGCCGCCGGGCACCCGCACGCGCGCGACGCCGCCGGCGACACGGAGAGCCUGCUCCCCAGCUACACCCCCGCCACCUCGGGCGGCAGCAGCAGCGGCGCCGCAGGCGCCGCCGCCUCCCUCUCCGCCACACGCCGCCUUGGCACAUGGACCAGCGCCGUGCUGGGGCGGGCGUGGGGCGUGCUGACGGCGCUGCUGAGCCCGCCGCUGCGCGGGCAGACGCUGGCGCUGGGCGUGGGGUGGAUCGGGCUGUGCGGCGGCUGGUACUGCACCGUGCUGUGGGUGCCGCGCUACUUCGAGGCGCGCGGCGCCACCGGCGGCUCCGUGUACGGCCAGACCUUUGCGGUGGCGAUGGCCAACCUGCCGGGCAACCUGGCCUCCAUCUACCUGGUGGACCGGCUGGGUCGCCGCCUGACCGCCUGCGCCUGCAUGGCCGGCGCCUGCGUGUGCGCGCUGGCCUUCGCCGCCGCGCCCGCCUCCGGGCCCUGGCCGCUGCUGGCGGCGUGCGUGUUCAACGGCGUGUCGGUGGGCGGCUGGAACAGUCUUGACAUGAUCAGCGCGGAGCUCUACCCCACCAGCCUGCGCUCCUCCGGCUUCGGGCUCCUCAACGCCGUGGGCCGUGUGUCCUCCUUCGUCACCACCUACGCCGCGGGGGCGCUGCUGGACCUGGCGCUGUGGGCACCGCUGGUGGUGGCGGCGGCGCUGCUGGCGGCGGGCAGCGCAGCCAUGCUCAGCCUGCCGGAGCCAGCGGGCAAGCCGCUGGAGGACAGCUUCUGUGACGAGGACAAGGUGCAGGAGGCGCACAGCAACCACGGCGGAGGUGGCGGCGGCCGCGGCCGCAGCGGCCUGGCUAGCGGCGCCUCGUCGGAUGACGAGGGCGCCGGCAGCGGCAACGACCGCAGCGGGCACGGCAUCAGCGCCGGGCUGCUGCUAGGGGGAGGAGGAGGAGGAGGAGGAGGCCGGCGGUCGGCUGAGAAGGUGGGGCUGCUGGCGGCGGCGAAGGGGCAGGGCCUGUAGGCGGCGGCGGCGGCUGCAGCUGCCUCGGGGGAGAGGACCGGCGAAUGGUGCGUGGUGGGUGCGGAGCGGAAGGGGUGUGCGAAAGAAGCAGCAGCAGCAGCAGCGUGUAAGUAUCCGUGGGGUUACCGGGUGAGGUGAGUUGGUGUGGUAGGGUUGCAGCAGUAGGGGCGAUUGCGGUGAGUGACAUGCGUACCGCACGCACGGCGCGGUGCCGUGAUCAUUGCACAGGCAUGGUGCGCGCACGUGCCAUUUUGUUUCUAUGUGUGUCCCUAGUGUGUUGGUACGAGCGAGUCCCUUAAGUACCUUGAUCAUACUCGUGAUCACCUCAUGCAUGCCAGUAAGCAUGUUGCGUGACAGUGGCCCCCAAUCGGUGGCGCCGUGGAGUGAACGGCACCAGCACUGACAUCAAGCUGGACCUGGUGUGGCAAGUAAAGCAUUGUCGAGGACGUGAACGUGACAGUGAGCGCGAGGUGCAUUUGGUGGGUGCAGAGGGGGACGACCGUCCGUGCGUCCGUCCGUGCGGGGUGUGUGGGAGGAAAGGAGCGGGCGUGUGGGCAGGAGUGCAGGGCACAGCUGGUGACGUGGGCUGGCGGCGUGGUCGUGGCAGCCGCUGCAUUUGGCUUGUGUUGGCCUGAGCCAGCAGUGUGUAGGCUGAGGCUGGGGACUGGGGAUUCCUGGGGGUACGUGCAGUGCUGCUGCUGCGAGCCUGCGGGUCGGGGCACGCACUUGGGCGGGGCCGUGUGUGGUUUCGCGGCUCCAGGGCAUGCGGCGCGAUCAAUGGCCGGCCCCUCGGGUCGUGCCCUAGUUGCGGGAGCGACCCGCUCCUCUGUUACUCACUUUCCCUGAUGCUUCUGCUUUCACAACAAAAUGCUAACCACCAU